GGCUGAUGGCUUUGGAACGAAACUACUCUUCCGCACCUGAUCUCUGCUCACCUAUCCCGCAUACGAGGAAAUAGUCACAGUAUAAACCCUACGAGGAAAAAAAAAGGGGGGAAAUUCUGGGUAGGGUUUCUCGGGCUCUUCUUCUCGUCAUAACGAAUGGCGGAUUCGGGAACCAAGAUCGGAACCCGAUGUCAUCAUUGCGCAGGGCCUCUUACCAAGGAACUGGAAACCAGCGAAUGGACUGUCGCGCCGUUCAUUAGGGAUAGCUUCUCUAUGAUCGGAUCAGCUGUUGGUGGCACUGCAAGUGCGUUCUAUGGAUUUAAUCAUGUAAUGCCGAUCGUACGGAAAUGGAUAAAAGGACCUAUGUGGGUGCAUUUUCUUGUUGGUGCGCCACCAGUAAUAGUGUUCUCAUCUGCAUGUGCUGGGCUAGCAGGUGGAGCUGUACCAGCAUUGGCUCAGCUCGCUUCCUCGUCAUACCAUGCAGCGGUCCGUUCAUCUGAGCCGCCACCCCCGCCGGCUCGGGACAAGAACCAAAUGCACAAGUCCACUGCUUCUCCUCUUUAAAGCACAGUCUGUCUCUUCCUCCUUUAUGUAUGGAAACCUUCUGCCUGAGUUAGCCUGCUUUGUUGUGGUGACCUUUUUGCUACUUUUGUACAAAUCCUCCCUCUCGUUACACUGGAAGACAUUUCUUGGGCCAGUCCAAGGUUUUGGAAGUUGUGUAUAAUUUUGAUUCUAUAUUGUUUUUUUAUUUAUAUAAAUGUCUCCACA